AUGAAAACAUUCUUCUUGAUUGAGGCUGGCAGAGCCUUGCAAAUAGUGGCAUUCCGUCCUGCGAUUACUACUGUUCUAUUCCAACGUUUCUCAGUGAGUUUCUCCUGUAGUUAUUUCACUUGUUGUACCUCACAGCUUCUACGGGAAAAUUGGCUUUUCAAAUUCCUUACAGCUUUCGAUCACGUGAUCCGAGCUUCAAAUGACCUUUCGACGAUGCGUUUCAUGAUUAUGUAUAUAUAUGUAUAUAUAUAUAUCUAUACAGUCUUAAGGAAGCGCUUAAGUUGUUACAUGUUAAUACUUUAG